UGAUUUAUUUAUCGCCGUGCGCGUGGCCAACAGAAAACUUAUCCCAAAACACAACAGCACAGCAACCUUGUCCCAAUCUUCUUCAAACUUCAAUUCCAUUACAUCUUCAUCUUCUCCAAAACCUUGUUAGAAACAUGGUGAUGGCUUCAUUGGGUGUGUCCCAAGCCAUCUUUUUCUCCAACACAACCACAACCUCUUCACGUUUCAAUCUCCACCCGAAUAAACCACCCACCUUUUCUUUUCAAAACAACCCUUCAAUCUCAAUCUUUUCAAGAAGGAACCGUACCCCCCACUUUCUACGAUGCACCCCCAAUUCCACCAACGAUGCAUCUUCUCUUAACUGGGAUUGGAAUCGUUGGUGUCGCCAUUUUGAUGAUAUUGAACAGGCUGAAAGCUUUGCAUCUCUUCUCAAGUUUCAACUUGAAGAUGCUAUUGAGAAGGAAGAGUUUCAAGAAGCUGCAAAGCUAAAAAGGGCUAUAGUUGAAGCGACGUCCAAGGAUAGUGUUGCUGAAAUUAUGUCUCAGUUGAAGAAUGCCAUAGAUGAUGAGCGCUACCAUGAUGCUUCGAAAUUAUGCAGAUACACUGGAAGUGGACUGGUGGGUUGGUGGGUAGGGUACUCAAAAAAUUCAGAGGACCCUUUUGGUAGAAUAAUACGUAUUAGUCCUGGUAUGGGCAGGUUCGUUGGCAAGAGUUACAGUCCAAGGCAGUUGCUCACAGCAUCUACUGGGACGCCAUUAUUUGAAAUUUAUGUGGUAAAAAAUGCUGACGACACAUAUCAUAUGCAGGUAGUGUAUUUGCGACGAGCCAAAGGAAAUUCAACGAGUAACCUUCCCCCAUCUUUACUUGCUAAAAGGCCAUCGAAACCAGAGGUUGAGAAUUUGUCUUCAGCAGAGGUGCAAGAACCUGAAGACAAGGUUGAGGAGAGAAAUGAUGAGAAAAACAGCAAUGUUGAGGCGGCAACUGAGGAUGGCAUUAAAAGUGUCAUAAAUUUUCUUAAAGAAAAAAUUCCAGGGUUGAAAGUCAAAGUUAUGAACAUUAAUGUUGAAGAGGAAGCAAGAGAGGGUAACGAUUCUAUUAAACAAAUCAUGGAGGAAGAUGGUAAUAAAACUGAUGGGGAAGAUGAUAAUCUGGACGAACCUGAUGAGGUCACUCUAGAAUCUGACGGUGAUGCCUCGGAUGAAGAAAAGGAUUUAGAUAUGAAGCUCUUUAUUGGCGGAAUUGUACACAACAAUGAAGAUAAUUCUUCUAAGGAUGAAUUUAUACGUCUUCCAGCGGAAAUAAAGAACAUGGAAAGGGAAUCUUUCCUCUUACAUAUACCUAGGAGAAAUCUCGAUAAUGACAGGAAAGAGGAUAAAGUUCGCAAUAUAAAAGUGGCAGCACUGGCAGCACAAGGAAUCUCAGAGCUUAUGCCUUCAGAUGUUGCUAAGGCCUUUUGGGGUUCUGAUAAAGUCUCUUCUAAGGUAUCAAAAAGCAUGCGUGAAAUUGUCAAACUUGCUAUCAGCCAAGCACAGAAAAAAAGUAGAUUAUCUGAAGAUACAUAUUUUAGCCGGAUUGCAUGUCCCAGAGGGGAUUUCGAUCCUUUCGACGGACUCUAUGUUGGUGCAUUUGGCCCUUAUGGCAUUGAAAUAGUCCAAUUGAGACGAAAAUUUGGACAUUGGAAUGAUGUGGACAGUGAAAACAACACUUCAGAUAUCGAGUUUUUUGAAUAUGUAGAGGCUGUAAAAUUGACUGGGGAUCUUAAUGUUCCUGCAGGCCAGGUGACAUUCCGUGCUAAAAUUGGUAAAGUCAACCGCAAUGCCAACCGUGGACUGUAUCCUGAUGAAUUGGGAGUGAAUGCAAGUUAUAAAGGCCAAGGGAGAAUAGCAGACUUCGGUUUUCGAAACCCAAAAUGGGUUGAUGGGGAAUUGCUUCAACUUAAUGGCAAGGGCAUGGGACCACACAUGAAAGGAGCAGAUCUUGGUUUCCUUUAUGCCGUGCCUGAGCAAAGUUUUCUUGUGCUAUUCAACCGAUUGAAACUACCCGAGUAAGCCACAAAACCCUUCAAAUUUCUUUCUUCUUUCUUCCCUGACGUUGGUGAGUUGGAGUAUGAAGGAUUCUGACAAUAGCGAUGAGAGUAUGUUACCUUUUCUUGAUUGAGCAAUAGUUUUACUCGACACGCAGGCACUUGUAAUUUUUCUAGCCUCACGAUGCCUUUAUAUUUUUUUUUUGUUGCUUCUUUACCCAAUCUCUAUGCUAUCAUAUGUAUAUAUAAAUUUUGCUUACUGACAAAAUAGUGUGCUAGGAGCUAUAGAAAGACCUUAAGGGAUCCUUUAUGUGCAUUAUGGUUAUGGCUUUGUGCCUUCUUGUUUGUGGGAAGUCCCAGGUAAUCUGCGUGUAUCAAAGGAAGCCCCUAGUAAUCAAAGUUUAUUUUUAUAGGCAAAUGUUAGUUUGUUAGUAGUCAUAUUAGUUUUCGUUGUUUGAACUCGAGACCUUCUUAAAAUCUUUUGGUGCCCUCAAUGCACCUACCCAGCUA